GUGUGGGCGUCUGAUGAACAGGCCGGGGCACAUCCUUGCAGUCUUGCCCAUUUCUAUUCACUGGCUAAGGGAAAUAAACUGUGGCUCCCACACGCAAAGUGCCAAGGAUGAAUCGUACCUUGAAAAGGAAAUGCAUUCAGAUCAGAUAAGAAGUGGAAUCGUUUUUCAAGCCAAGAUUUAAUCAGUGAAAGGCUGCUUAAACUAUGGACCAAAAGAUCCCUUAUGAUGACUACCAACUGCCAGUGGUGUUUCUGCCUUCUUACGAGAGUCCCCCGGCAUGGAUAGCCCCUCAGGAGCGGAUCCACCACCCUGACUAUAACAAUGAGUUGACCCAGUUCUUGCCACGCACUGUUGUGUUGAAGAAACCUCCAGGUGCACAACUGGGGUUCAACAUCCGUGGAGGCAAGGCCUCCCAGUUAGGGAUCUUCAUCUCUAAGGUGGUCCCAGAAUCAGAUGCUCACAGGGCAGGACUGCAAGAGGGUGACCAGGUCCUCUCUGUCAAUGAGGUGGACUUCCAAGACAUAGAACACUCAAGGGCUGUUGAGAUUCUGAAGACUGCCAGAGAAAUUCUGAUGAGGGUGCGCUUCUUCCCCUACAAUUACCAGAGACAGAAAGAGAGGACUGUUCACUAGAGGGCAGUAGAGCACCUUGAGAGAGACCAUCUAAUCGGCGAUGAUGUAUACUUGAUGGACUCAACACGUCAUCAUCUUCUUCAGACAGGCGGUCUACAGCCCCCCUCCUCUAUCUCCUCUACCCCUAUAUAUAUAUCCUCCCCUACCUCUAUAUGUUUAUGACUAACAGUGCCAUUCACACAGCAUCCAGGACUACAUAACUCUCCUCAUUGAUCACUUCCUCCACACAGGCAAAUACGCUCCCAUGCUGAUGCAGGCCAAUGUUUUGCUGGGUACCUACUGAGAGUGAUACACGAGGAUGCUAAUUCAGUGUUCCAUAGUAUGACUUGAUAUUGCCCCCUAUCUAUCAUCCUCAGAUAAUCCUGGUAACAUUUUAAUUUAUCAUUCACUAUCAUCAAUUGGUUUAAGGUAUUGUCCAAGGUUGACAACUUUUUAACUACAGUUAAUCCCAACUGUUUGUUAUAUGUGUACAGAAGAUUUAAUGUAGAAAAUAUAUACUAAUGUUUUGAUAAUGCCUUGAUACUGUAAAUGUAUUACAUUAACAUGAAAUUUGAAUUAGUAAUGUUUUUAAUACUAAUAUUAUCAUAGCAUCAGUGUGUUUUAAUUACACUAAAUAAUUAUAUUUUAAUAUUUGUAUUACAGUAUGUAUUACUAAGGCGCUGUCUCACAGCAGUCAAUGUUUACCAGUCUAGUUUUGAGAUAUGAAAAAUAACAUUUAGCUAUUUGUGCCAUUGUAGUUGACCCCACACUCAACCAAUUCAACACAUGACAAGUGCUGUGUCUUUAUUUGAGAUGGGUGCUAUGGUGAUUGUAAAACCAGUUUUACCCUCUUCAGCUCAGAUUCACAUUCCAUUGAAAACUGUUGUCAUUUUCUGGUCAUGCUCUGGUAAACAUUCACAUUUGUUUUGUUUUUUUUUACACUGCCUUGCUUCAUCUUUCAAUAAAAUACCUUUGUGUAAAAAAAACAAAAGAAAUUGACAGGUAUUAAUGUACAAGUUUCCAUGUACAUGAAAAAAUAAAAUGCAAGAAGUCUUUGCCUCACAGCUGUAAAA